AUGGCUCUUCGAAUGCGUCGUGAGGUGCGGCCCAGCUACCAUUGGCCCGAAAUCCAACUCAAUAUCUGGCUUAUCGUCGUGCUCUCUGGCUCUGCGACAUGCCUCGGGAUAUUCUCGUGGUUUAUGAUCGUUCAAUCGCAAAUGGAUCUCGGUGUGCCAUGGCUCUUUCCAUACAUGGUCGUCACCAGCGCACUCGGCGUCGCUUUCAUAUUUCUUGUCCUCGGCCUUAUCACACGUCAUUUCUUACUUCCCGGGAUUCUCAUUCUCGGAAGCUUCAUCCUAUUCGUCUUAUGGUUGGCCGGGCUUAUUGAGACGUCGCUGCAGCUUUAUGGCGUGGCCGGGAGCGUGAACGACAAUUGCCAAAACUACGUGGUUGACAAUGUGUCACGGGGAAACAACAUCAAUACCCUGGCAUGGUUGACCCAGAACACAAUUUGCAAUUGCUGGAAAACUGCUUUCGCGUUUGAGCUUGUCAAUACCAUAUUCUACGUUUGGAUGGUCGUGAUGAGCUGGCAAGUUCACCGAAACUACUACCAUUAA